CGAAGUGUCUAUCUCCGUGGUGUCUAUGAUCGGUGGUCAGAGCCGAAAAGGCCUGAGUUAUCAAAAAUGGCAUCUCUCGCGAAGCUCUGUAAAAUUUCUACCCGAUUAUGGCCACAAAACGGUGUCUACACAUUUAAUAUAGCGAAAUACAGUAUGGUCAGAGACUAUCUACCAGCCAAGUAUCCUACAACACAGGAAGAACAAGCUAAAGCCGCAGAGAAAUAUAACCUGAUAAAAGAAGAUUAUAAACCAAUUCCAGAUGAUGGAAAUGGUUUAGGAGAUUAUCCAGAUCUUCCUCUCAUCUCUGCUGAAGCCAAGGAUGAAUAUUACCCUUGGGAUUUCCCGGAACAUAAGAGAAAUUUCGGUGAACCUCUGCACAUAUGGGCUAACAUGCUGGGUGAAGAUAGAUACUAUCAUAAUGCACCACUUCGCUAUCCGAUGUACGUGUACUGGCUAACUUUCUUUAGUGUGAUAGCUGGUUUCACUGGUUUAUUCCUAUUGUGUGAGAACUACAAAUAUGUUCAGCCCGCGGCGAAGAAACAGUAUCCAUCUCCCAACAAAACGCAUUACACAUUUGAAAGUUUGAAAUGAGAGAAUUUAUGAAACAGUCAAACAUUCAUGUAGAUAAAACGUAAUAAAGCAUGCAAACAUAUGCAAAAUUGACUCAAUAA